AUGGUGCAGGCUCCACACAACUUAUCCUGUGUUCUUAGCAUCCCAGGACCGAUUGAGGUCACAGAUGAGGUCCUUUUCGCCAAUGCGCAUCCGUCGAUGUCGCAUAUGUCGCCCGAUUUCGCACCAGUCUUUGGUGACUGCAUUCGCAUGACUAGACAACUUCUUUACUCAAAGGAUGCGCAGCCGUUUCUGAUUGCCGGGUCAGGCACGCUGGGAUGGGAUCAGGUAUCCGCAAAUCUCGUAGAGCCAGGCGAGAACGCGCUCGUCCUGCACAGCGGUUAUUUUGCCGAUAGCUUCGCAGACUGUUUGGAGACCUAUGGUGCCAAUGUAGACCAAAUCAAGGCUGAGAUAGGUGGCGCUGUCAAGGAGGCCGAUAUUGAGAGUGCACUCAAGGCGAAGAAGUACAAGAUUGUUACUGUAACCCACGUCGACACCUCGACAGCCGUUUUGUCCGACAUCAAAGCUGUGGCAAACGUCGUGAAGAGAGUUUCUCCGGACACACUUGUUGUUGUUGAUGCCGUCUGCUCUGUAGCGAGCGAAGAAAUCCAAAUGGAUGCAUGGGGCAUCGAUGUCGUAUUGACAGCCAGCCAGAAAGGUCUGGGCACACCACCAGGUCUUAGCAUCCUCGUUGCUUCCCAGAAAGCCGUCCAGGUGUUCGAGAACCGCUCAACGCCAGUUACGACCUACUAUGGCAGCUGGAAGAAAUGGCUACCGAUAAUGAAAGCCUACGAGAACAACUCCGCCGCCUACUUCGCCACGCCACCCGUCAACCUCAUAUAUGCGUUCCACGCGUCUCUCACGCAGAUUAUGCAAGGUUCUGUCUCGCUCGAGCAACGAUUUAAACUCCACCAGGAGGCUAGCCAACGCGUCAAGAAGGCAGCAGAGGAAAUCGGAUUCAAGGGCGUGCCUCUCAGUGAAGACAUCCAGGCAAAUGGCAUGUCUGCACUUUACUUCCCCGACGGUUUCGUAGCGAGCGAUAUCAUUCCUCGUCUGUUGAAGAAAGACGUCGUCGUCGCUGGCGGAUUGCACGCCAGCAUCAAAGGUCAGCAUAUGGGCGCUUCUGUUGUUGACUCUAGUAGGGGGGACAUCGACAAGAUUAUCAGCGCUGUGAAGGAGUCGCUUGCAGAAGCCAAGGCUAGUAAGCAGUAG